CAAACAUAAUAAUGACUGCAAAUUCUUCACAAGAUGCUCGGAAGCCCCGGACAGAGUUGCUGCCCUGCAGACCCCACACGGAUGGGACUGAGCGGUGCCGCGGGGUUCCCUCGCGGUGCACACGGGUCAGUAACACCGCUUUGCCCUUUUUUAUGUUUUGCUCUCCCUGUUUUUCCUUUGUCCGUGUGUUUUGCUGCAGAACUGUGUUCCCUACACAAGAGCCUGGAGCAGGAGAAGAGAGAGCUGGAGGAUCCCGAGCGGCCCAGACAGAGGAAGAGGAGGAAACCCCGCGUCCUCUUUUCUCAAGCCCAAGUCUACGAACUGGAGAGAAGGUUCAAGCAGCAGAAAUACCUCUCGGCUCCCGAGAGAGACCAUCUAGCGAACGUCCUAAAGCUCACCUCUACUCAGGUGAAAAUUUGGUUCCAGAAUAGAAGGUACAAAUGCAAAAGGCAGAGACAGGACCAGACCCUGGAGAUGGUGGGGAUCCCACCCCCCCGGCGGAUAGCGGUGCCGGUGCUGGUGCGGGACGGGAAGCCCUGCCUGGGGGAGUCUUCUCCCUACAGCUCGCCCUACAAUGUCAGCAUUAACCCCUAUAGCUACAACGCCUACCCCGCGUACCCCAACUACAACAGCCCCGCCUGCAACGCCAACUACAACUGCAGCUACCCGGCCGUGCAGCCCGUGCAGCCCUCGGCGGCAGGCAACAACUUCAUGAACUUCAGCGUGGGGGACUUGAAUUCGGUGCAGCCGCCCAUCCCGCAGGGGAACGCGGGCAUCUCCACGUUGCACGGGAUCCGAGCGUGGUAGGGCGGCCCGGGCCCGGAGCUG